UGCCGGAGCCGAGCGGCCGCAGGCGGGGGCAGCCCGGCCGGGGCGGCUGCGGGCAGCGCACGGUGCCGGCCGGCACCCAGGGGAGCCGGUAACGGGGGCUGGGCCAGGAGCGGGUACCGGUACGGGGGAUCGGACCGAACAGGGGGGACUGGGGUAGUGCCAGGUAGCGUGUCCCGGGAGCGGGGCUGUGCCAGGGGACGGAGCAGGUGCCGAUACCGGCGGCAUUAGGAUAACGGGUGUCCCCGGUGCCAGGGGCUGCGAUGGGAGAAGAGAGAACGGAGCCGGCGCCAGGAGAGGGGGUCCCCGGUCCCGAGAGGCGGUGACAGGAGAAGGGAGAGGUCCCGAGACUAGAAGCGCGGUGUUAGGACCAGGAUAAAGGAGGUCCCGGUACCGGAGAGCGGUGCGGGAGCCGGUACCGGAGCUCAGGGUUCAGAGGGGAGCGGGGAGCGGGGAGCGGGGGGCGGGAUAGGGGCGCGGGGUCAGGAGCGGGGACAGGUCCCGGUGCCGGUCCCGGGGCAGCGCCAGGAGGCGGGUGCCCGGUGCCGGUACGCAGCGGUAGCAGGGCUUUCCCUGAGGCUCGGGCUGGGUCGGGGAGUCCCUGGGGCCGGGUCGCAGCGGCAGGCGAGGGGGUGCCGGGCCCGUGGGAGCGGAGCCGGCGGCGGGGGGGCAGUCCCGGUGCCCGGGCACCGCGCUCCGAGUGGGUGGCGGCACCGACGGGAGGGCGGGGGGAGGGGGUCAGUCGUCUCGGGCAGCCACGGAUCCCGCAGCGGCGACGGGGCCGUGGGUGUGAGAAGGAAACGGCGCCGACCCGCCCCUGGCACCGCGACCCUCUAAAAGCCCCGGGACCGCCGCCCCGGGACCAUGCCCGCUCCGGCCGCCCGUGCCCCCGGCGACUGAGCGGGGCCCGCGGAGGUAGCGGGGCCCGGUGGCCGGGAUGCCCCGGCGGAGCCCGCUCGCCCUCGGCCUGCUCGGCCUCGCCGCCUGCCUGCUGGCCGCGCCGGUGCUGGGUUGCGGCCCGGGCCGGGGUCCGGUGGGGCGGCGGCGGUUGGGGCGGCGGCAGCUCUCUCCGCUGCUCUACAAGCAGUUCGUGCCCAACGUGCCCGAGCAGACGCUGGGGGCGAGCGGGAAGGCGGAGGGCAAAGUCCUGCGGGGCUCGGAGCGCUUCAGGGACCUGGUGCCCAACUACAACCCCGACAUCAUCUUCAAGGACGAGGAGAACACGGGGGCGGACCGGCUCAUGACCGAGCGCUGCAAAGAGCGGGUGAACUCGCUAGCCAUCGCGGUGAUGAACAUGUGGCCGGGGGUGAAGCUGCGGGUGACGGAGGGCUGGGACGAGGACGGGCACCACCUCCCCGACUCACUGCACUACGAGGGCCGGGCGCUGGACAUCACCACCUCCGACCGCGACCGCCACAAGUACGGCAUGCUGGCGCGCCUGGCCGUGGAGGCCGGCUUCGACUGGGUCUACUACGAAUCCAAGGCGCACAUCCACGUCUCCGUCAAAGCAGAUAACUCGCUGGCCAUCCGCACCGGUGGCUGCUUCCCCGGCCAUGCCACCGUGACGCUGCAGAGUGGCGAGCGCCGGGGUCUGGCCGACCUGCGCCGGGGCGACUGGGUGCUGGGCGCGGAGCCGGGCGGGCGCCUGGUGCCCACUGAGGUGCUGCUCUUCCUCGACCGCAACCUGGGCCAACGUGCCUCCUUUGUGGCCAUUGAGACGGCCAGCCCAGCACGCCGCCUGCUCCUCACCCCGUCCCACCUGGUCUUCGCAGCCCGUGGGGCAGCCAACGGCACCGCCACCUUCCUGCCCGUCUUCGCCCGCCGCGUGCGACCGGGCGACGCGGUGCUGGCCCACGGGGCCGGCGGGCAGGGGCUGCGCCCCGCGAGGGUGCUGCGAGUUUGGCGGGAGGACGGCGUGGGGGUCUUCGCCCCUCUAACUUCCCACGGGACCCUGCUGGUCAACGGGGUGCUGGCAUCCUGCUAUGCCGUCCUGGAGAGCCACCGCUGGGCCCACCGUGCCUUCGCCCCUCUCCGCCUCUUCCAUGGGCUCCUCUCGCUGCUGCCCGCCCGCACGGAGGCGGGCAAUGGGACGGCGCUGGAGGCGGGCAUGCACUGGUACUCCCGCCUGCUCUACCAGCUGGCCGGGGGCGUGCUGGGCCAGGAGGUCCUGCAGGUGUAGGAGUCCCUGGCCCGCCCCAAGUCACCGCACUGCAGACAAUGCCACGCACUGGAAGCUGGGGGCUCCGGCCCUGGGGCCCCCUUGGACCAGCAGGUGCUGGGGAGGAGGGUCGGCAGCACCCCCAGCCCUGUGGGGAGGUCGGGGCGUCUCUCUGCUCAGCGCUGCCCGGGGACGCGGCGCGGUGGGGACAGGGUCCCUGGGUGGGGGUGUGGUGGGGUGGUCCAGGGACUCGGACUCAGCUCCUCCCGUGUCCCAGAGCCCCCCCGCAGCACUGCUGGGUGCCUGGCCGGACUCCCAGGCCCUGGACCCCCCUGCGCUCCCUCUGUAUUUAUUGCUUUAUUAACCGCCGGGGCUGAGGCCAGGGUCGCUCCCUGUCAAGCCCAGGCUGGGGCAUCACCGGCCUCUGCCCCAGGGCCAAAUCCAGCCCGGGGGAUGCCGAAUCACUCCAACACCAAGUACCUGGCAGCAGUUCCUGCCCGUCCCCCAGCUCUGGGUCUGUCCCCCCCAUCACCUGUGCUGUCACUAGCCCCAUCCCCGUGCAGCUCAGUGCCGCAGGGCAGCUGGACGGGGUGUCUGCCACGGGCAUGGGCACCCUGCGCCGGGCCUGGCUCUAACCGCGCUAACCGCUAACCUGCCCUGCUUGAGAGUUUUAUUUUUCUAUUUAUAAAGGGUAAUAUAAAUGUCCCCCCGCGCCCACCUGCCCUGGCAGCGGGGCCUGCCCCACAGGGCAAGGGACCGGUCUGCUUUUAACCACUUCUGUUUAAAAAAAAAAAAAGAAAGAAAUACUACUAUUUAAUUGUUUGGAUAAAUAAAGAGACUUUAUGG